GAAAAUUUCAUCUCGCACACUCGACACGAUGAGAUCUUAUCGGGAAUUAUGGGUGAAGGGCACCUCCAUCCAAGGCGAGCGUCGUUCAGAAGGAUCUGGCACUCAACCUCAAUAUUUUACUGAGAAGGUGUUCCGCAAAAAGCGAGAGAUCUAGACGACAGGUGGCACGGGCACGAAGCAAGAUCGCGUUUUUCAGGUCGAGGUGGAGUCUCUCAAGUGAAAGUGAUCCAUGAGAUGGUAUAUAAUAUCGAUGAAGCUGCACAUCAAUGUCGACGAGGAGACCGGAAAGAUCGUCGAUGCUUGUUUUAAGACCUUCGGAUGCGGUUCUGCUAUCGCCUCCUCCUCCGUUGGGUUUUGGAAGUUGUCUGAGUUCAGGAUUGAUUUGGUGUUUUGUGGAGAUGGAUUGAGCAGGCUUGGAGGCCAUUGUAUCAGCUGCAGCCACUUUCCUCAACAAUGCCGUCAAGCCCAUUAUGGUCGGCGGGCCCAAGCUCCAGGUCGUCAAUGCGGGCCGGGCCUUCGUCCAGCUGGCACACUCGUGCGGUUACGCUGUAUCCGCCAUGCCCUCCGCGAAAGGGCUCGUCUCCGAGCACCACCCGCACUUUAUAUCUUCGUGGGCCCGAUUUUCAACGACUACAGCUCAGUGGGCUACUCACUCUUGCUCAAACGGGAGAAGGCUAUUAUUGUCCAGCCAGAUCGGGUCGUGAUUGGGAACGGGCCCAUGCUCGGGUGCGCGCCCAUGAAGGACUUCUUGCACGAGCUGGCGAAGAGAGUCGAGAGGAACACGACGGCUUAUGAGAACUACAAGAGGAUUUAUGUUCCGGAAGGUUUGCUGGUUAAAAGCGAGCCGAACGAGCCCUUGAGGGUGAAUGUUCUGUUUCAGCUUAUUCAGAAGAUGCUUUCGGGCGAAACGACAGUCGUUGCUGAGACGGGCGAUUCUUGGUUUGCCUGUAUUUUAUUGAGGUGAUUGUUCACAAGGAUGAUACAAGCAAAGAGCUUCUUGAGUGGGGUUCAACCGUUCAAGGGUCUCUUCUGCUAAUAGUCGCCCCCAAAAUCCACAGUAAAUUAAUUAAUUAGUAGUCGUUUAUUAUUGUUUAGUGUUGAAAUUUAUUAGAAUUUUUCUGAUGGGAUAUUGUUAGCUUCAUUGUUUGAAGGGCUAGUUUAUGAGGUUUGAUUUUGGAAUAAAAUAAAAGUUAUUGUCAGUUGAUUUAUUGAAUUUUGGUUUACUACAUCGUUGGUGAUUGAAAUGUUUGAUG